ACGCGGCCUUGAGGGACGGAUGAUGGGGAUGCGGAUACCAUGGCAACAGGCCGAUUAGAUCCAGACCUUUAAAUGCACAUUUAUUUAUUUAAUAUUUCAUUUGCAUGCGCCGCGCGCUUCUGUGGAUGUGGCUGCUCUGCUCGACCUCUGCGUGUCGAGUCAGAGGAGUGGGCUUCAUGUGAGCUCCCCCCGUUACACUGGAAUUAAGCAGCUCCCACCUUAAACGCAACAAGUUGUUUUAUUUUAAGGAAGCUUCUGCGUUCGUCGGAGCGCCCCUUUUUUAUUUAACUAUUUUUUAUUUUAAUUUUUUGCCUCCGAUCACCCUCCUUCAGAGGCUGUUUCUCUGUCCUCUGUGGAAAGGACACUGUCUCCCGGACACAAUGUCAUUGAAAGUCGGGGCAGAAGUGGAGAUCCGUGGCACCGACUGCUGAUGAGGGAACACAAGACUCUGAACACCUGACCAAGUUGAUCUGGCACCAGUUUUACAAAACAGCGCUGUUGUGAAGCCGGUAGUGUCUGUACACGCUCCUCAGUCACGGAUGGAAAACAUUUCGGCGCGUCUUCCGUCAUGAUGAGCGUGCUUUUUCCGCUCGGGUACUGAAAAUGACAAUAUGUCGCGGAUUCCGUGAAAACAUGGGUUAGAUUUGGAUUGAUUUGUUUCCAACAUGUGUCCAUGUCGGUCUGUUUUCCUGUGUGCGUGUUUCUGGUUGCCACUAGUGUGCGUGUCAGAAUGAAUCUGUGCGCCUCGGAGUGUGAGCGCCCGCGUGUGCCGAUUCUGUGCGUCCCUUCUGUCCAUUAACCAGCCUUCUUCCCUCCUGACAGCGGAUCAAGUGUCCUUGUCAUUCAUCCGCGGAUGAAUGUUCCACACUCUGCCACCUUACCGCUCCAAAACCAUCUUACAUAAUGAUACAUGUUGAAAACAGCAAAACCGGGUGAGCCUGGACACCGGGGCUACAGACAGGACACCGACGGCCAAUGGGCGCCGAGCUCCGUUAUCUACAAAAGACCGGGAAUCUGGUGCCAAUAUGACCGGCGUCGGUGCGCGGAAGGCGGCUGUGGAGAGGAGAGGAAGGGCCUCGGGCGGAGAGCAGCGUUUCAAGGACGAGGAAGGAGGAAUGGGAGAGAAACAUCUGUAAGGACAAACCAAAUACUUGAGGAAAAGGGGAAAAGUGAAGCUGCUGGCGUCACACCGGCAGGGUGAAGGAUUUGGUGUCUGGAUGGGGUUUUUCCAAGGGCACUGAGGUAAGGAUGGCCACAUCCGCGGACAGAGGGCGGAGGUGUGAGCAGCCAGCACCAGGAGAAUGAGUAGAGACAGAGAGGUCACUGAUCUGGAGCGUCUUUAAUUCAAUAUUCAGCUCAACAUCUCAACUAUGAAUUCUAGACUCGGCCACACUGAGCUGUGCUUGUCCUGAGGGGGCGGGUGUGACAGGUCAUAUUCACCCACUUCCUCCUCCCUGACUUGGGAUGGAUGGGGUGGCUGGAGGUGUGGGUACCUCUGUCGGUGCAGGGGGGUCUGGGGGUGACAGCCUCCCCAGGCGUAACGGAGGAGACUCAAAGCGGCGCAGUAAGGGCAGCCUGCCGUCCCCGGGCUACCGGCUGUCCCAGGCCUCUCUGGAGGGAGAGAAAGCCUCCUUCGGGGCGGACAGCACCUCCUCAGGUGGGCGCGGACGUCGCCUCUCCAUCAUGAGCUCCUCCACCAGGGACGGCCUUCCUUUCCGCUCGGCGGGGACCCCUACCACCCCGGUGCCGCUGCCUCCGCCCCCCUCCUCAUCCUCCGCCCAUCCUCCGUCUCGCUCAGUGGGCUUUGCGUCCCGCGCCGCUUUGGCUUCCACCUCCUCCACAGGGACAGGUGUGAUGGUGGUGGCCACGGGCCCCGAGACCACCACCACCACGGCCUGCAACACCACAGCAGCAGGGACCCCGGAAAUGGUGGGUCAGACCGGUUUAGGUGGGUUCGGGAUGGGUCUGGACGGGGAGGACUACAGCAACUCCAACCAGAGCACCUUCAUCCAGAGACAGUUUGGAGCCAUGCUUCAGCCAGGUGUCAACAAAUUCAGCCUCCGCAUGUUUGGAUCCCACAAAGCUGUGGCUCUGGAGCAGGAAAGACUGAAAUCAGCAGGGUCGUGGAUCAUCCACCCCUACAGCGACUUCAGAUUCUACUGGGAUCUUCUGAUGUUACUGUUGAUGAUGGGGAACUUAAUCAUCCUGCCAGUGGGCAUCACUUUCUUCAGAGAUGAAAACACACCGUCGUGGAUCAUCUUCAACGUGGUCUCUGACACUUUGUUUAUGGUCGACUUGGUUCUUAACUUCAGGACAGGAAUCGUUAAGGAAGACAGCACUGAAAUAUUACUAGACCCCAGGGCGAUCCGCCAGAACUACUUGAAGAGCUGGUUCCUCGUGGACUUUGUGUCAUCCAUCCCCGUAGACUACAUUUUCCUGAUGGUGGACAGUCUAGACUCUGAGGUCUACAGGACAGCCAGGGCGCUGCGCAUCGUUCGCUUCACCAAAAUCCUGAGUUUACUCCGGCUGCUCCGCCUCUCCAGACUCAUCCGUUACAUCCACCAGUGGGAGGAGAUCUUCCACAUGACCUAUGACCUUGCCAGUGCCAUGGUGAGGAUUGUAAAUCUGAUUGGUAUGAUGCUGCUGCUGUGCCAUUGGGACGGCUGUCUCCAGUUUCUCGUCCCCAUGCUGCAGGACUUCCCUCCUGACUGCUGGGUUUCCAAGAACCUCAUGGUGAAUGACACAUGGGGUGUGCAGUACUCCUAUGCUCUAUUCAAAGCCAUGAGCCACAUGUUGUGUAUCGGGUACGGUGCCCAGGCUCCGGAGGGGAUGACUGAUGUGUGGCUCACCAUGCUCAGCAUGAUCGUAGGCGCCACCUGCUACGCCAUGUUUAUCGGCCACGCCACCGCUCUCAUCCAGUCACUCGACUCUUCAAGACGGCAGUAUCAAGAGAAAUACAAGCAGGUGGAGCAGUAUAUGUCAUUCCAUAAGCUUCCUGCAGACGUUCGGCAAAAGAUCCAUGAGUACUAUGAACACCGCUUCCAGGGAAAAAUGUUUGAUGAGGAGAACAUACUUGGAGAGCUCAGUGAGCCACUUAAAGAGGAGAUCGUCAGCUUUAACUGCCGCAGCCUGGUGGCCAACAUGCCACUGUUUGCCAACGCUGAUCCCAACUUUGUGACUGCUGUGCUGACCAAGCUCCGCUUUGAAGUGUUUCAACCUUCAGACUUCAUCAUUCGUGAGGGCACAGUGGGACGGAAGAUGUAUUUUAUUCAGCACGGACGUGUCAGCGUCUUGACCCGCGGCAACAAGGAAACCAAGCUGAGUGAUGGAUCUUACUUUGGAGAGAUCUGUUUAUUGACUCGUGGACGCAGGACAGCCAGUGUCCGUGCAGAUACAUACUGUCGUCUGUACUCUCUCAGUGUGGACAGCUUUAAUGAGGUGCUGGAGGAACAUCCAAUGAUGAGGCGUGCCUUCGAAACAGUUGCUGUUGAUCGUUUAGACCGCAUUGGCAGGAAAAACUCCAUGCUCCUCCGGAAGUCCUCCCAGGGCGGUUCACUGGGGGGCAGUAUGGGUCGUGGUGGAGGCCGGGGUGGAGGACCAGGUGCAGGAGGAGGCCUGGCCGCGGGUGGACUUGGUUCCUGUGACAGCAUUCUGGUGCAGCAGAUCGUCAAACACGACAGCAUGCCGGCCAUGCAGGACGCGAUCGCUGCCGCUGCUGCAGGAAGAAGUGGAGUCAUGGGUGGAAGUGGUACGGUGUCUCCUCGGCCUCGUCCUGUCAUCUGGGCUCCGCUGGUCCAUGCACCCCUGCAGACUGCCGCUGCCACCAGUAAUGUAGCCAUCGCACUCAUGCACCAACAGCAGCAACAGCAGCAGCAGCUCCAGCAGCUGCAGCAGCAGCAUGCGCUCAGCGGUGCUUUUUUCCUGCCGUCGCCUCUUGUUUCUCCCUCUCCCUCUUCGUCUUUUCCUCUGUCGCCUCCACGUGCGCCGGUGUUGCAGCCGCUUCGACCCUCUGUCAGUUCCCUCAUCGGGAUGAUGGCAAUUGGAGGGAUGGGUGGUCUAUCCCCAAGAGCAACUUUUCCCGCCUCCCCUUCUCCUAUGGGUCCUCCUGGUGGUGUAACAUCCCCACCUAUUUCUAAAACACCACCCACUCCAGCCUCUUCUGUCCCAACAUCUGUCCAACAAGGAAGGACCCUUCAUUACAGCCUCCGCCUCCAGGCUGAUCCUUCAGUGAUCGGUGCUUCACUUGGAACCCCAACAGGAGGUGGGCCUACAACUCCACCUGUGCACAAGGUACCUACCACCAACCCAAAUGCUGCCCCUAGUGCCCCAUCAGAGAAUCAGACUUCAGGCCAGCAGGGGGCAAAGGAGGCUCUCUUACGUCAUGGAGUAACCAGUUCUCAGGGUCUGCCUGCUCUGGGCAGACUCACCCAGGAGGCCAGGCUGCUGUCCGCCUCGCAGCCCACCCUGCCUCAUCGCUCCUGGGCUGGAGUGCAGCCUCACCCCCCUCUUCACAGGAAAGCAUCUGGUGGGAAUUUGCUGUCGGCUCCUUUCCUGGCGGGGCAGUUAGCGAGGGGAAGCAGUGCAGGCAUGCUGGCCUCUAACGCUCCAGUACAGCUGGUGACAAAUCUACCGUUUCAUACACAAAUACAAGCACAGGCCCCAGCUUCCAUUCAGCCCACUAUAGCACUGCCUGUCUCUGCAAACACCACCACGUUCACACAAUCCGCCACUCACACUGCCUCUGUGCCCACUCCCACAGCUGCUCACAUGCCAUCUGCAGCGCCCUCAUCCUCUUCUCCAAAGCAGACUCCACUCUCCUCUGCCACCCCUUCACCUGCCCCCACCCCCUCAUCUCCCACCCUGAUACUGUCCCAGACACCUCGCCCAAAACCAAUCCCCAUGACCCCGUCCCGCUCCUCCUCUCCUCCUCCCUGCUCCACCCCGCCUUCAGCUGGCACCAGUCCACUGUCACUGUCUUCAACUCCACGUCCCAAACCACUCUCUACAUCCUCUCCUCGUUCAUCCUCUCCCUCCCCUUCCUCAACACCUCCUCCGUCCUCUGUCUCCACCCCUGUUCCACUACCUCAAACCUACGGGCCCAAAUCGUCUUUGACCUCCUCAUCUCCUCCAUCCUCCCUCCUCUCCUCCUCCCCUCCUCACCAACAGAGCCCCAGAGCCAAGGCAUCAAAUACACCUCCCUCUCCUUCUCCGCUGUCCGGUCUCAGCCCUGCACCAACUCCCAUCCCCUCCCCAGUUCCAACUCCCACCGCCCGCACCCGCUCCUCAACCCCAUCCCAAACUCCUACUCAAACUCUUUCACCAGUUAUAUCCCAAACUCAGAGCCUCACCCACACACCCUCCACCUCUCCCAUCUCUAGUGUAGCCUCCUUGAGUAAAUCCCAGAGUCCGAUCCCGUGUCUCCAGCCCCCUGUUUCCAGCUCAGCCAGGGGCUCAAGCCCCAAACAGGUCUCCCCUUUGACCCCAACCCCAACUCCAGUCCCUUCUCCAACACCCACUAGUUCAGUCUCUCCCACCAAAGUAACUUUCUCUGUUCAUCCUGUAAAGCAAACCCCUCCAGUUCUAACACCCAACCCAGUUUCAGGGUCUGGUCACACCAAACCAACCCCAUCAACAAACCCCACCUCCACCAACACCUCUUCCACCACAGUCUCUCCUAGUGUCACAUCUGGCUCUGCUCAUCCCACAAAACAGACACCAACCACCACAGUUGCCCCUACACCCUCCUUCAAACUCAACCCACCCUCCGCCCCUUCUCAGACCUCCCCAUCAUCCAGCGCUGCCCCCACUCAGCCCACGCAAACAGUCACUUCUGCUAACAACACCUCCCCCAAAGGAGGUAAAAAGGACAAUGAGCUAACAGUAGGCAGAAAAGAUUCAGAGGGGCUAAGACAUAAACUGCCCGCCAACAUGUAAGAAAGAGGAGGAAAAAAUUCUCACAGCAAGAUGGAACUUAACCUUGGCUGGUGCUGAGUAGCAGAGCCAUGGAUCCACAGUGUCAGAGUUGGCACCAGACAUCCAGUCUCAUGUGGACGGUACAUUUUGUUUGCAUUCACUCUAGGAUGUGAUUGUCUUAGAACAUCAGGUGUUUAUGUGACACUCAACCAAGCCAUCGAUGGAGGAGAUGCUGAAAGACUUAAUGGGUCUGUUGACUGCUGCAGGGGAGGGUUGAGUCUAAAAAAACAUCCAAAUGUAAACAUACAUAUCUGUGUUAGUGAUUGUUGGAGCAAGCAGGGGAGCUGAAGUUGCAGUAUACACAAUAAAAAUGAGACAAGCAAUAGCUGAGGGUCAAAAAUAACCUGUUUGAAAUACACUGUCACCAUGGAAGCAGCAAUACAUGUGAAAUAUCUGAACUCUGAUAAAAAAAAAAAAAAUUUAAAAAAAAACCUCUAAUGUGAGAAAAUAAUCUUUUUGCAGUUGGGAUGAAAGUCUAUUGUGAUGCCAUUUUCAAAUACAGACAAUAGAAAAAAGACACCUUCUGGUUUCCAGCUCCACUUCACUCUUGCUUCCCAUUCUUCACCAAAGUGUAAUAUUUUCUCAUCAUAAUAAUAAUUAUUCUAAGAAUAUAGAGUUUAAAAUCACUGUAAAGUCAGUACUCAUAUAAAUUUGAAUAAUUAGGAGCAGUUCACUGGUAGUUUUGUUGUCUCAGGUGUGUGGUGUUUAGUUUUUGAACAAGACAAAACUUUUAAACCUACAUGUUCACUCUGACAGUUUCUGUAAAUUGUGUUUUUGUGUAACACACAAUACUGCUCUGCUGUGCACUGUGGCUCACCUAAUUUUGUUCCUCCUGGCUCCCUGUAAAUACGUGCCUCUCACUCUGUGUGUGCUUCCUCACUCCUCUGCCUCGUCGUCGUUCAUCCUCUUGUCUGUCCCGCCACCUUUCAUCUGAUUUCACAGCCCUGGUCACUAACUGUUUCUUUGACGCUCUCCCCUUCUUUCAGUUUUCCCGACACUUUGCUCUCUGCUUCCACCGGCCUCAUGUUCAAUUGGCGUUCCCCUUCUGUCGCCCUAUGACACUGUUUCAGUGCCAUUUUCAGUGAUGUUUGAUGUUUUGUGUGGGUAGCAACAAGGCAUUUCUGUCUUAACCCUGAUACCAUGUUGCCUAGACUAUAUUUAAGGACCAAAUGUUUUAUUUUUUAUUUAUCACAGCUUUAGCAGAAAAACAGAAAAAAAUAGCUAAUGCCGUCAAAAUGAUGAUCUCAUGGUGAGUGUGACUUUGGAGAUGACAAUUAUGAUUGUGAUUAUGUUGAUGAUGAUGUUGACAACAAUGAUGAUGAUAAUGAUGGUGUAUAUCUGGGUGUAAGAAUAAAGUGAAUUUAGUUAUCA